AUGAUUGUUCACAUGACUUGUACAAUGGGUGGAAUGAUGAUCCUGUGCCAAUUGGACAACGCCCCUGCUUUGCCAAUGACUCAGGUCCUCAAUUUCGACCGGCGUAGCGAUAUCCAGCCGGCACUAGGGGUUCAACGUUUCGCAGUCCGCGCGCCGAGCGGCAUGGAAAACUUGCCGGAGACGAGACAGAAGCUGUCGGGGACGAGACAACGUAAUUCAACUAUUCGAGAUGUGUUUGUACGAGGUAUACACCCCCUAGAUGACAACGUAGUAUACACCCACAUUACCCUUAGCAUGGAAGCCCUACUCGCUCAGUUACAAGCCCAAGGCGUGGUGGAAUCACCCUUCGUGGAAGAAGAAUGGAAGCUUCCAAACGUUAACACCCCGAUCAUUGAUCUGACGACCUCUUCCCCCAUCGAUUUCCCUCUAUACGAUCCGAUUCCUUUACCCGACGAGGAAGAGGAGACGGAACUCGACAUCGAAUGUAUUCCCUCUCCUCUAGCCGCCGUGCAAGACCUCUACCAACUUGCCGAUGAAAUCACCGACAUAAACCUCCCAUUCGACCUUCCCGACCAACCUUCAAGCGAUGACUUCCAUCCCCACUGUUACCCUUACUGCUCUCAUCGACGCUGUCAAUCUGCAUGGCAAACAGAAUGGCUAUGCUGUACGCAAGGGCAGUACAGCUAA